AUGGAGUCCUUUGAAAUUUCUUCGAGCUCCUCCCCCUUAUUUUAUUCAAAUCAUAAUUUAGAGACCCUCAAUCUUUUUCCUAGUGAGAUCCCAAAUGCUAAUCUUGAGCCUCUACCACCGAUAAGCUGCCUACUUCGUUCACCUGAUCAAGUGCCUAAUUCCCAUGUCAAUAACCCUAAAGCAAUAUGCCAUGAAGAUCAGAAAGAGGAUGGAGAAACUGUGGCCUUGCACAUUGGUCUUCCAGAUUAUUCGGAUGGCUCUAUGAGUUAUUUGACUGAUCGGAAAGAUGGCGAAGAUAACGUGAUAGCACAAUAUUGGAUUCCAACUCCAGAACAAAUACUCAUUGGCUUCUCACAUUUUUCUUGCCAUGUCUGCUUCAAAACAUUUAACCGUUACAAUAAUCUGCAGAUGCACAUGUGGGGGCAUGGAUCACAAUAUCGUAGAGGGCCAGAGUCACUAAAGGGAACACAACCGCGAACCAUGUUUGGCAUCCCAUGCUUUUGUUGUGCUGAAGGAUGCAAGAACAACAUCGACCACCCAAGAGCAAAACCCCUAAAAGAUUUCCGGACCCUUCAAACGCACUACAAGAGGAAGCAUGGAAUGAAGCCCUUUAUGUGUCGCAAGUGCGGCAAGUUGUUGGCGGUGAAAGGUGACUGGAGAACACAUGAGAAGAAUUGUGGCAAGCGCUGGCUUUGUGUUUGCGGUUCGGAUUUCAAGCAUAAGAGAUCACUCAAAGACCAUAUUAAGGCAUUUGGCUCUGGUCACAGUCAUUUUCCACCUAAUUCUUUUGAUGAACUCAGGGACCUUGAUGAGGACAUUAGUCCUACCACUUCCUUGUUUAAAGGAAUGUCAAGUGAUGCAGCCUCUUGAUGAUCAGCUAUAUGUGUGUGUGUGUGUGAGUGUGUGUGUGUGGGGCUAAUAAUCGAUGUUUGAGGCACGAAAUUAAGUUUAUGUACGCUCCUUUUAAACUUGAUAGCAAUGAUUUGGGCCGAAAAUGUUUAUGAGUCUGAUAUCAAUAUAUU